AUGGACGAUGCACUGUCUGGCGAGGACGAUUUGGAGGUCGUCUUCGAAGUGAGUAAGCAGCCAGCGGAGCUCCUGAAGCUGGCUGGAUUAAAUUUGAGAAAAUGGAGCACCAACGAUACAAGGGUUCUGGCACACGUGCCGGAUGAUUUGAAGGAGUUCUCGCCAGAAACAGAAAUCGAUGGUUCUGGAACCGUAAAAACAUUGGAUCUUCUGUGGUCGCACAUCACGGAUGAGUUCGGUUUCAAGAUUCCAGCCCUACCGCCACUGGAGAAGGUCACAAAGCGGAUAGUGGCCUUCGAGAUGGCGCAGUUAUUCGACCCACUCGGAUUAGACGGAUCCGUGGUUAUGAAUGCGAAGAUGUUCAUCCAAAGGUUGUUGGCGAUAUACAUUCCUUGGAACGAGGAACUUCCCGAAAGCCAAAGGCUAAACCCCAAAGGCUCUCCCAAUAUUGCACCCGUCGUCGUUCGAUUACAACAAGGCUGCCUACAACUGAAGAAUCCAGCACGGUAA